AUGUCGGAAGACUCGAGAGCCAUUGUCAGAGCGCUCGAGAAAGUCCUCGUCCGGCUUACCGAGAACCCGUACCCGCAUGUCCCCAAUCCUCCCAAUACCUCUCAAAAGCGAGCCAGCGUUGCUGCCAUUAUCCGUGUCCGGCCGGCCUAUAAGCCAGUCCCUGCAAGUGUCAACGGCUCCCUCAUAGCGGUUGACAAGCCUUCUCCUGCCUCGCCCCCCUCUACGAUCAGUGAAUUCUUUGCGCAGGAAUGGGUUCAAGAAGGAGACCCAGAAUUGCUCUUCAUCAAGCGUGCCGGCCGCGCUGGCGAUAGGUGGUCAGGGCAUGUUGCCUUACCUGGAGGGAAACGAGAUCCCGAAGACGCGGAUGACUUUGCUGCUGCUGUCCGCGAGACAAGAGAAGAGAUAGGCUUGGACCUGGACACGAUGGAAUGCUUGCCAGCGGGGAAUCUCCCUGAACGUCUGGUCACUACUUCUUGGGGGAAAGACGUCCUCAUGGUGUUGUGUCCGUACAUCUUCCUCCUUACAGGCAAGACCGUCCCUCCGGUGCAGCCGCAACCUACAGAAGUCGCCUCAAUACACUGGGUUUCUCUCCGUGCUCUACUCUCCCCAACGCUACGAACCAGAGAACCCGUGGAUAUUUCCUCGAGGAUGGCCAGGCACCUGGGGCCCACGAUCCACAAACUGAUCCGCUGGACAAUGGGCAGGAUGAUGUUCAGUGCCGUCCGUCUUCUCCCCACAGAGUCCGUAUAUGCAAGCUCAAUACCGGGCUUCAUACCCACGGAGGGUGGCGAUAAUCUUUCCACGCUGGCGGGAUGGAUACAAGCGCCCUUCGGCACCCCCUCUUCGUCGAGUCACCGUUCUCUCCUAACCUUCCAACAACCACUCAUCCUCUGGGGUCUGACACUGGGUGUGCUGGCGGAUCUUCUCGAUCAACUUCCGCCCUACAAUGCCGUGGCGCUUUGGAAAUAUCCGACGUUCACGGUCCCUGACCUCCGCCUCCUCGUGUACCUCAUGACUCGCUCGUUCCGCAAGAAUACCGCCGAAACAUUCUCGUCAGGGUCUUGGCCCAGUCGACUACAGCGGCAGCCAAGCCAAACCGCCAUGGAUGGCGUGACCGAGGCAACAGCCAUCUCCGUGGCUGAAUCUUCACUUGCCAUGGGACCUGAAUCAACAUCUGCGCCAGUCCCUGACCCUACAGAAGAGGGUCCCUUUCGGACGACCAAGCGAUCAUCUUUCAACAAGCACAGUGUCGGCAUCGGCGGACUAGGUGUCGGGAAAGACCCGCAACACGCUGUCGGUAAGUUGCUGCACGGGUAUUAUGCCAGAGUCAAUUGGGCGAUCGCCCUGUUCUUGGCGUACAGAACAGCGCUCACGAUGAGUAUGGCGUGGUGGGUGGUAAGAUGGUGGCGAAGACGAAGGGCCGUCCGUGUGUGA